UGGACACAAAGUAACCCUCUCGCUUCCGGGGGGAGGGAGGAGAGAGACGGAGGAAGGCAGCCGGGCGUUCCUGCGAUCGCCGCACAAAGGCAGGCGAAGAAGCCCCCCCGCCCCCAACUCCCUGGGCUUGCUUUCCGUGCCAUCUCCUUAAUUCGGAUCGCCGCUCCCUUAAUUCGGACCCAGGCCCUUAAUUCGGAUCGCCGCUCCAUUAUUCGGAUCCUCGAUUCGGAUCAACUUGGAAGCGGGUUUUGUUUUUUGUUUUUUUUGGUGGGAGAGCAAGGAAAGGGGCUCCUUGGCUGCUCAGAAAGUUCACCCUCUCUGAAGCGGCUCCCGGUCUCCCCGUGUCUCCCUCCCCUUCACAUGCCCCCCACGAUCGCCCCCGGAGGCCUGCCCGGGGAUGAGGCGGGAGUCUCCCGGGCUCCCCCUCGCGCCCCGGACCCCCGGGUGGGCUAGCCAAGCCAAGGAAGAGCCCGAUCCGCCGCCCCCCGUUCUCUUUCCGGGUCGCCGCUUGACCCCCGCUUAGUCCUUCUCCAUGGUGCAGAUUCUGGCCCUGGUGUGGCGGAGGCUGCUUCGGAAGCGCUGGGUCCUGGGGGUCGUCUUCGGGCUGUCCCUCAUCUAUUUCCUCAGCAGCACCUUCAAGCAGGAAGAGCGAGCCGUACGAGAUCGGAAUCUCCUCCAGGUGCAGGACGAGGAUCACCCGAUCGCGUGGAAAGUGCAGUUCAACUCCGGGAAUGGCAGCCAGCCCAGUAACCAGUGCCGGAACUCUGUCCAGGGGAAGCUGCUGAUCACAGAUGAACUGGGUUAUAUCUGCGAAAGGAAGGACUUGCUGAUGAACGGCUGCUGCGACGUCAAAGCCCCCAGUGCAAAGCUCUACAGCUGCGAGAGCUGCUUGCCCAACGGAUGCUGCAGCAUCUACGAAGCCUGCGUUUCCUGCUGCUUGCAGCCCAACAAGCAACGGCUCCUGGAGCACUUUCUAAACCGAGCUGCGGUCGCCUUCCGGAACCUCUUCAUGGCUGUGGAAGAUCACUUUGAGUUGUGCUUGGCCAAGUGCAGGACCUCCUCGCAGAGCGUGCAGCAUGAGAACACCUACCGCAACCCCAUUGCGAAAUACUGCUACGGGGAGUACCCUCCGGACCUCCUGCCAGUGUGAUAGCGGCAAGGGGACUGUGGCAGCAAGGAGAGAGAGACCGGAGCGUUCGCCAUUGUGGAACGGGGACAUUUGUGAGGACGCUCGGACACCUGCCUUUGUGCUUCGGCACCCGACUUAGCCUUUCAGGAAAGAGCCUCUUUCAUCCGCCUGUCGCUGCCUCCCUGCAGUUCGAAAAUGGGAUGAGGGCAGCGAGAGAUCCUCCGUCGGCUGUCGCCAAAGGACUGUGUUCAGAUGCGGCAUCGUGGCUACAGUCAGUCCUGCCUCCAUUUUGAGAUACGAACAUAAUAGAAGUUGUGUGUCUCUCCCCAUAGCCUGUGGGCCUUCUCUCUCUCUCUCUCUCUCUCUGGCCUGGCCAACAAACACAGUGAAUGACAAAAGGCAAAAGGUCCCUUUAGAUGAGAGAGCAAUGCUUGGUUCCUUGCAGGCGAGAGACGUCCUCAAACCAUUCUGUGUAAAUACAAAUUAUUUAUUGGGAUGACACUACGGCUCAAAACAUGUUGCAGGGUGUUCUAGAAGCUGGUUACAGGAUCUUGUUGGUGGCUUUGGUCCAAGAUGGGACAGGGAAAGCACUUCGCUUUAGAUUUUUCUCCAGGCUUUGUCAUUAAUCUCGUUCCUCAUGAUCUGAUCUUUGAAUUGAUUUGGCUGUUGCUUGCCAGCAGGGGGUGGUAGCAAAUAGCACCGUUUCCUGGCUUUGGAGCUAAAUAGAGCUGAGGUUUCUCUGCAUAUCCGGGGUGGAAAUCCCUGGCCUGCGGACCUAUCUGGACCUACCAGGCUUCCCCAUCGGGACCAGGGAGCUGUUUUACCCUAGCACCACCCACCUGGUGUCGCCUAAAGAGGCGGCUGUCACAAAAAAAUGAGAUUUACAGGCACCGCUGGUCAGUUGAUCAGAGCUGUUCCCACAGGGCUUCACAAGCACCGGUGAUCAGCCUCGCUCUCCACAUCGCUGUGAUGUUUGGUGAUCGUCAUGUGGGCAGCCCCCACCCACCUGUCAAAUUCAGCCAGCAGGGAUUAGUGGGUUGUGGUACUGUGAUUAGAUGACUGUUGAUUGGGGGAAAGUAAA